AUGUCACAAUCACUGAUGUGUUUAUGGUUCCUGAUGUUUGCACUUUGUGAAGAUGUCAAAGGUACUGCUCAAUGCAUGUGCAUGCCUGAACACCCACAACAACAGUUUUGCAGAUCAAGCUUUGUUGUUCGUGGUCGAAUCAUUGGAAAGCUAGUACACUCCAAUCGAAACCAUGGAGGGGCGUCAAUGGAUGUUGCACCAGUGGAUAUCGAUGAAGGAACGACAGCUUAUAUUGUGAAGGUAGAGAGGAUAUAUAAAGGUGAAGGCGUAAUGGGACUACAGAGACAUGUUGAGGUUACCAUGAUGAGACGAGAUAAGGAAUGUGGCUUGAAAAGACUAAGGAAAGGACAUGUUUAUGUCUUCACAGGUAACCAUGAUGAGACAGGAUUGUAUAACAUUGGAACAUGUGAUUGGGUGAUUGAAUACUCAGAUCUUACCAAAAUGCAGAAACAGGGUGUUAGAUAUCUAUACAGACAAUACUGCAAUACAUGUGAGAUCAAUCUUUGUUUCAAUGGGCAUUGUAAGCAGCGGAGUCCUACAUCAUGUAUGUGGGAUGUUGCAGGGAUUGGCUAUGGAGAUGACCAAUGUGAAGCCAAACAUUCUAGAUGUAUCAGACUGGGUAAUGGAAGCUGUGGAUGGUUCAAUUCUUUUGGUUUCAAAGGAUGUUACAGAAAUCGUGCAUUAUCACAGCAAAACAGAGUGAAAUAAUAUUAUACCAGACUUAUAACACGCAGUUUAUCUUUAUUGUGAUAUUGUACUUGCUAAAUUGAGGAUGAAGCAGUAAUGACAUGCACAGGAGAAGAAUUUAUUUUAAGAAAAUUAAGCUGAGUUGAGAGGCCGGGUUAUGCAAUUGAAUUUUAUUUUCCCAGUGUUUGAUGUCCUGGCCUUUGUUAAAAAUUCUUAAUAAAAGUGUAAUUGUGCUGUUAAGUGUGUGAUCAAUAUUCAGAUAUGAAAUGAUAAAUUGAAUAUAUCAUUUUCAAUAUAAAACCAUUGUAAGAAGAAUCCAUCUAAGAAAGAUAACCCCCUUGACAUGUGUGAUUCCAAUCAAAUGGCAUCUAAAUAUAAACAGUAUUCAUGAUAAAGAUCUGGAAAUAAAUGUAGUCUUCCUCAUAUUAUGUAAUUUUUGAUAUUAUCACUCUACCCAUAUAGGUAUGAACUUGAACCUGUAAUAAAAAUAUUGAGACCAAAUGAUAUAUAUGUAAGCUAUCCACAAAUGUUUUGAGCAUUCCAGUAUUGAAACUGAAAUAUAAAGUAUAUCCUUAAGCAUAUUAUAUCCAUGUUAUGUAGCUUGAGCAUUUACCUAGAUUGUAUUUCAAAAUAUAGAUCUUUAACAAAAUAAGGCAAGCUAUUUCGUAAGCUUAUAUUCACAUCAGAGAUCUAAUAUUAAAUCCUUUAAAACCCAUGCGAAUCAUGCAUUUAAGUUGGUUUAUGUUUUUUUUUAUAAGCAGUAGGCCCUAAAUCAUCUCUUAUCAACAAUGUGAGCUAAGCUACAAAUGUGUUUCAAUUUAUUUUUAAGGGUAUUACAAUAUGAAAAUAAACUCUACUUGAUCUUUUUUUUCAGUUUGAUCCAUUGCAACAAAAUAAUGUAAGUCUCGAUAAUCUCAGUAAUGUCAACUUACAUCUGUUUGGUUUUUUAAGUAUCACAUAUAUAUCUUACUCCCAUCGCCAUCUUAAAUUUCUUAUUGUACUCAGUGAUUGACUGGAUGUUUUAUGAACUCGAAACAUACGCAAUUUCAGAACAAAUAACAAGGUCAUCAGCUUAAACUGCUAUCAUUAUAUGAUGUAGCUUUUUAAUGUCAUUCAGUGUUUGUAAACAUGUUGAUAAUUCUUUAAAUUAAUGUAAAAAAUGUGCCUUCCCUUUCUACUCACUUGUAUUCAUAUAGAAUGAGUAAAAAGUUCUACAUUUCUAUAGAGAAGAGACCAUCAUUAACAUUUCCUGCCUUUUCUUCUGCAUUAUUUUAGCUUGUUUUUCCAAUGGAAAUGUGUAAAUAUGUACUAAAUAUUAUUUUCUUUACCUAAUUGUUGUACAGAUGUAAACAGUGUAAAUAUGAAAGUGCCAAUUUUUGCACAGUGUUUAUAUAUAUUUUGUAAAUAAAUGGUUGAAUAAACAUCAAA